AGCAGCAGUGGCAGCAGUAGCAGUAGCAGCAGUAGCAGUAGCAGUAGUAGCAGUAGCAGUAGUAGCAGUAGCAGUAGUAGCAGUAGUAGCAGUAGCAGUAGCAGCAGUAGCAGCAGUAGCAGUAGUAGCAGUAGCAGCAGUAGUAGUAGCAGCAGUAGCAGUAGUAGCAGUAGCAGCAGUAGUAGUAGCAGCAGUAGCAGUAGUAGCAGUAGCAGCAGCAGCAGUAGCAGCAGUAGCAGUAGUAGCAGUAGCAGCAGUAGUAGUAGCAGCAGUAGCAGUAGUAGCAGUAGCAGCAGUAGUAGUAGCAGCAGUAGCAGUAGUAGCAGUAGUAGCAGUAGCAGCAGUAGUAGUAGCAGCAGUAGCAGUAGUAGCAGUAGCAGCAGCAGUGGUAGCAGCAGCAGUAGCAGCAGCAGCAGUAGUAGCAGCAGCAGUAGUAGCAGCAGCAGCAGUAGCAGCAGUAGUAGCAGUAGCAGUAGCAGCAGCAGCAGUAGUAGCAGCAGCAGUAGCAGUAGGAUCAGCAACAGCGGCAGCAGUAGCAGCAGGAUCAGCAACAGUGGCAGCAGUAGCAGCAGGAUCAGCAACAGCAGCAGCAGUAGUAGCAGCAGCAGUAGCAGCGGCAGGAUCAGCAACAGCAGCAGCAGUAGUAGCAGCAGCAGUAGCAGCGGCAGGAUCAGCAACAGCGGCAGCAGUAGUAGCAGCAGCAGUAGUAGCAGCAGCAGUAGCAGUAGCAGCAGUAGCAGCAGCAAUAGCAGCAGCAGUAGCAGCAGUAGCAGCAGCAAUAGCAGCAGCAGUAGCAGCAGUAGCAGCAGCAGCAGCAGCAGCAGCAGCAGCAGCAGUAGUAGCAGUAGUAGCAGCAGCAGUAGCAGCAGCAGCAGCAGCAAUAGCAGCAGCAGUAGCAGCAGCAGCAGCAGCAGCAGCAGUAGUAGUAGCAGCAGCAGUAGCAGCAGCAGCAGCAGCAAUAGCAGCAGCAGUAGCAGCAGCAAUAGCAGCAGCAGUAGCAGCAGUAGCAGCAGCAGCAGCAGCAAUAGCAGCAGCAGUAGCAGCAGUAGCAGCAGCAAUAGCAGCAGUAGCAGCAGCAGCAGCAAUAACAGCAGCAAUAGCAGCAGUAGCAGCAAUAGCAGCAGUAGCAGCAGCAAUAGCAGCAGCAAUAGCAGCAGUAGCAGCAGCAGCAGCAGCAAUAGCAGCAGCAAUAGCAGCAGCAAUAGCAGCAGUAGCAGCAGCAGCAGCAGCAAUAGCAGCAGUAGCAGCAGCAGCAGCAAUAACAGCAGCAAUAGCAGCAGUAGCAGCAAUAGCAGCAGUAGCAGCAGCAAUAGCAGCAGC